AUGAUUUCGCACUCAGUUCACUCUCAAAAUUUCAUGACGUCUUUUACGCUGGUGGUAGCUUGUUUCUUCACAGCUCUCGCAAAUGCCGAACGACCCCUUCUACAAGACUUCGACGCCCUCGGCGCAUGGUUCGACGAUGUGGCAGCACUCCCGACCAACAGUACGCCCUCCACACAGCCAGAGAAGAACUCUUCCAUCGCCAUCGUCGGCGGAGGCAUUUCCGGCUUGGCCACCGCUCUCAUGCUUGACAGCGUUGGCCUCCACAACUGGGAGAUCAUCGAAGCCAGCGACCGUGUUGGAGGCAGAUUCAGGACCCGCUACGUCGGCGGAACCGAUGAGUGGGCUGAGAUGGGCCCCAUGAGGCUCCCGCACAGCGUCACGUACAAAGACGGCGAGACACUGGAAUACACGGACCAUCGGAUGGUGUGGCAGCUGGCAGACACACUCAACGAUAUGAACCGCAACAGCUCCGAGUGGAAGGUCGAUUUCAUCCCCUGGAUCCAGCAUCAUCCGAACGAGCUGCUUGCCCUCGGCACCGGAAGACACCCAGACGGCAGCAUCCCGACGCGCGCCGACAUCGAGGCCGACCCCAGUCUCGGCAAGCCGGCGCCGCCGGAGCCCCAAGAGUACGACGAUACGAAGCAGCAAAUGGACCGCAUUCUGAAGCGGAAGGACUCACUGAAGGCGGUUCAACGAGAUGUCUGGCGCGCUCACAAGCAGGCCAUGGACCAGGGGCUGGAUGACUGGAGCGAGCAAGCAAUGAUGCGGAACCUCUUCAAAGCCAGCGAGAAUGUCACCGAUGCAAUCUGGACCGCAAGCGACUACGACGUGUUUUGGGACGAGCUGACCCACAACUCCAACCUCGGCCUGGAUGGAAGCGAGAACGCCUUGGCAAAGACGGAGUGGAAAUGCAUCGAUGGAGGCUUCAGCCGGCUCUCGGACGCUUUUAUGCCCCAUGUUCGUGACAGGCUCACACUGAACCGAAAGGUCAGAAAGCUCGAGACGGUCCAAGGCACCAACGACGGCCGGACGCGCACCCGUCUCUCAUGGUACCCGAGCGUCACGAACAGGACGUUUGAGUCCAAGGACUAUGACUACACAAUCAUGGCCGUCCCUUUCACCAUGACCCGCUUCAUGCACCUCCCAAAGUUCUCCUCCGUUCUCGGUCGAGCCAUCAGCGAAGCUGGCUUGCGGUUCAAGUCUGCCUGCAAAGUCGCCCUCCUCUUUUCCGAGCGGUUCUGGGAAAAAGGCCAUCGUCCCAUCUUCGGCGGCUAUUCAACCCCGCCCAGUGCCUCGGUCGGAGCACUCUAUUACCCUGUGUAUGGCCUUAACCAAUCCCGACCCGGCCUGAUAAUGCACUAUCGCGGUGGAGAUUGGAGCGACAGAUUCACCAGUUUCUCAGACGAGGAGCACGUACAAACAGUGUUGGACGCCAUUGUGGAUCUCCACGGAGAGCAGGCGAGGGAUCUAUAUACCGGCGAUUACGAGCGGCUAUGCUGGUUGCAGGAUGAGCAUACAGCAACGGCAUGGUGUCGGCCUGAUGUCGGGCAGCAUAAGCUGUACAUCCCCGCGUAUCACCGCACUGAGCACAACACGAUUUUCAUUGGGGAACACACCGCGCCAACCCAUGCCUGGGUCAGUUCGUCGCUACACUCGUCUGUGAGGGGUUCUGUCCAGUUGCUGCUCGAGCUCGGGUUGAUUGAUGAGGCUAAGGAGCUUAACCAGCGGUGGAUGGGAAGAUGGAUCAACGUGUAA